CGACCUGCCUUCAAUCAUCUGUUGCUCUCUUUGGACGACGGUUCGGAGAUGGUGAGACGCGCGACUGUGGCUACGAGAGUGCCCUUGCGCACCAACACCAGCACACGGACAGAGGAGCGAGUGCUGUGAAUGCUGUACAAGACGAAGAUGGCAAAACCGACCAUUACACAGUGCUGUGGCCUGUGGCGUGUCCACAAUCCACCGAAGCCCUUCGAUCGUCUUCGGCAGUCGUGUACGGUGGUUGUGUUCGCGCUUUGCUCUAGAAUGAGACACUUCAGCUUGUUGUUGAUUGCAGUGUUGGGUGUGAUCGGCUUCCUACCACAAAGUGGCAAUGGAGCAAAGAUACUGCUCGUUUCGGCCUUCCCCGGCAUGAGCCACUGGCUGAUGUUCGAGCACAUCAUACACGAGCUGCUGCGGCGAGGUCACGAACUGACGGCCAUCAGUAGCUAUCGGUUGCGAACGGACGGUGCCAACUAUACCGACCGCUACCACGAGGUACUGAUCGAGCCGAUAUACGACUUCGAAGCGAACGGGCUGCCGAUGGAAGUGUUUUACAAAUCGCAAUCGUUCGGUGAUCCGUUCUUCAAGAUGUCGAUACUGUGGAAGCUGGGGCUGGAAACGGCGGAGCACGCGUUCGAGAGUGCGAAUGUGCGGACGUUCCUGCAACGGGAGGGUCUCACGUUUGAUCUGCUAAUAGCGGAGCAGUUUGUGCAGGAAGCGUUUCUGAUGUUUGCGCACAAGUACCGGGUGCCGAUCGUGACUAUCAAUACGUUAGGGCAUGCGGACUAUAUCGAUCGUGCGUUCGGGUUGCUAACGCCGUGGUCUUUCGUACCACACUUUAUGGUACAGUACGAUGAUCGGAUGACGAUGACCGAGAGAGCGUACAACGUGUUCCUGUCCGCGUGGGAUGCAUACAAUCGGAAGUUUUACUACCUUCCCGAGCAGCGGAAGCUGGCAGAGAAGUACUUUGGAGCGCAAAAUGCAACCUCCAGCCUGCCCAGCAUAGAAGAUCUCGAACGGAACGUGAGUGUGGUGCUUGUAAAUAAUCACAUCAUCUCAUCCCGUCCAAGACCACGGAUCAAUGGGAUGAUCGAUAUUGCUGGGGUUCACAUCAGGAAAGCAAAACCACUCCCACCAGUCUUGAAGAGCUUCCUGGAUGCAGCACCCGGUGGCGUCAUCUACAUCAACUUCGGUACCUUCCUGCGAAGCUCGGGCAUGCCCCCGGAAACCCUAGCCGUCUUCCUGGCCCUGUUUCGUAGCCUCCCCCAGUACAGCUUCCUGUGGAAAUGGGAAGCCGACACAAUCCCCAACCUUCCGCCCAACGUUCUCCUCCAGCGCUGGAUCCCCCAGAACGACGUGCUGGCUCAUCCGCACGUGAAGCUCUUUGUAUCGCACGGUGGCAUCUUCGGCACGCAGGAAUCCAUCUACUGGGCCCGCCCAAUACUGUUCGUCCCGUUCUAUGGCGAUCAGCACAGCAAUGCGCUAAAGUUUGAACGUGCCGGCAUUGGCCUAACGCUCCAAGUAAUCAACGUUACGGUGGAGGACUUUCGGGCGAAGAUAGAGCGCAUCGUGCAGGAGCCUACGUUCCAGCAGAGUGUCAACCGGCUGUCGGCAAUCUUUCGCGAUAAUCCAACCGAUCCGCUGGAGGAGGCCGCGUUCUGGGUCGAGUAUGUCGUGCGCCAUCGGGGAGCCGCUCAUCUGAAGUCGGCCGCGGUACAGAUGCCCUGGUAUCGGUAUCUGCUGCUGGACAUCUUGUCAUUGACCUUGCUGGUAGUUUACAGUGCGUGGUGGUUGAUUAGGAAGCUAGCGAAGAAGGGUUGGUCGGUGAUAAACCAUCGCAGGGUAGAGAAAGUCAAAGUCAAGUGGCUGUUGUGGCCCUUUUCCCCGGGAAACACGUGGAGAGCAAGCCGGGCCUACAAUUUAACGACCCGCUUACACACCUGCAAAAACGUGCUCGGCCGGCAGCUCGGCUCGGGAGCUAAUCGAUCAUACUACAAAAUGCAUUUCCGCGCACUGUCGUACAUAAUCGGUUGUGCUGUUGCAUUUACCGCCCUCGGUCCACCGUCUGUCGAAUGUGGCAAGAUACUGUUCCUCGUCCCAUUCCCAGCACCAUCCCACUGGCUGUGGAUAGAGCACUUCGUCAAGGAGCUGCUGUCCCGGGGGCACGAGGUAACGGCGAUCACUAACUUCCCUGCGAAGGAAGCGCACCGCAACUACACGGAAAUACUGAUCGAUCCACCGUACGAUAUACCUUACUACUUUCCCGUGUCGGAUAUCUACGAUUCGAAGUACAACAGUGAUCUUAACAACCUGUUCCUCUACUGGAGGGUAGGCAUCUCGACGACACAGUACGCGCUGGAGGACGAGAAUGUGCAGCAGUUCAUCGAGCAGGACGAUACGGACUUUGAUGUGAUCAUCUCGGAGCAGUUCUAUCAGGAAGCGUUCCUCAUGUUUGCCCACAAGUACCGGGCGCCGAUCGUGACGCUCUGCACCCUUGGGCAUGCAAAUCACAUCGAUCAAGCGAUGGGACUCGUUACACCGUGGUCAUUUGUUCCUCACCCGGUACUGCUGCUGUCCGACGAUAUGACAUUCUCCGAGCGGUGCUACAACUUUCUGAUCUCACUGGCCGAUCUGGUGAUACGGCAGCUUUACUACAUCCCCCAGCAGAACAGGCUCGCUCAGACACACUUUGCCAAGAUUGAAGGUCCCGAGCUGAUGCCUUCGAUUCGAGAUCUCGAAAAGUCCAUCUCUGUGAUACUGGUCAACAGUCACCUGUCGACGUCACCCCCGCGGCCCACCAUCCCCGGCCUGGUGAAUGUGGCAGGCGCACACAUCAAGCCGGCAAAGGAGCUACCCGACGACAUCCGGAAGUUCCUGGACGGUGCCAAAGAGGGUGUCAUCUUCUUCAGCCUCGGCUCGUACAUGAAGAGUGCCGACAUGCCCAAGGACAAGAUGAAAGCGUUCCUGGAGGUGUUCCGCAAUAUCAAGCAGCGCGUACUGUGGAAGUACGAAAACGAGGACGUUGCCCGGCUGCCGAAAAACGUAAUGGUGCGCAAGUGGCUACCCCAAAGCGACAUCCUAGCCCACCCGAAGGUGGUACUGUUCAUCACGCACGGCGGUAUGUUUGGCAGCCAGGAGGGCAUCUAUCGCGGAGUGCCCAUGCUCUACAUACCGUUCUACGGGGAUCAGCAUCGCAAUGCGCUCAAGGCGGAGCAGGCAGGCUACGCACUGACGCUCAACUUCCCCGAGGUGAACGUCAUCACGCUCGGUUCGCGCAUUAACGAGCUGCUCACGAACCCGACGUUCAUGAAGCAGGCAAAACGGGCGUCGGAACUGUUCCGGGACAAUCUCGUGCCGCCGAUGCAGGAAGCGAUGCACUGGAUCGAGUACGUGAUGCGGCACAAGGGCGCAAAGCAUCUGAAGACGCGCGCGAUCGACCUGUCCUGGACGCAGUACCUGAUGGUGGAUGUGGUCGGGUUCUUUGCGCUCGUGUUUCUGCUCGCGGCGGUCGUGUUUUACAAAGUGCUGGGGCUGUUCCUGACACCACCGAAGCCGAAAUCGAAACCAAAGACCCGGGACAUGAUGCUCGGGAUGAGGAAACCGAAGUUAAACUAAGAUUUCAUGCUGGAAACCGUUUUAUAGGUCAAAAUAAAACCAACGCAGCUACUAUUUACUCUCGAA